AUGCACGAAAAGGAGGAUAGGAUAGAAAAGAGAGUGAGCUAUAAAGAAGCAAAGCGGGCGGCAAAAAAAGCGGUAACGGAGGCAAAAAAUCGUGGUUAUGAGGACUUGUAUCGGAAGCUUGAUACUAAAGAGGAGGAGAAGAAGAUUUUUAAGUUGGCAAGGACUAGGUCCAGGCAGCGGCAAGACUUGGAGACAGUGAAAUACAUCAAGGAUGAGGGAGGACGAGUUUUUCUGAGACAAGAGGACAUGAAAACCAGACGGCUCCCCUAUUUCUCUCAGCUACUCAAUGAGUCUGGGGGGCCAAAGGAGGCGGAUAAUCAAAUUUUUGACGUCCAAAGAUCAUUGGAAUACGGGUCAACAAGUGAUAUUACCACAGAAGAAGUAGGAGAAGCUCUCAAAAAGAUGGGGAGAACAAAGGCAGUGGGGCCAAAUAACAUCUCGAUCAAGGAUGAGGGAGGACGAGUUUUUCUGAGACAAGAGGACAUGAAAACCAGACGGCUCCCAUAUUUCUCUCAGCUACUCAAUGAGUCUGGGGGGCCAAAGAAGGCGGAUAAUCAAAUUUUUGACGUCCAAAGAUCACUGGAAUACGGGUCAACGAGUGAUAUUACCACAGAAGAAGUAGGAGAAUCUCUCAAAAAGAUGGGGAGAACAAAGGCAGUCGGGCUAGAUAACAUCUCGAUCAAGGAUAAUGGUGAUGAUGAGGAUGAUGUACCAGGGAGACCAACACAAGUCCUUUUCAUGAUUGGUAUUAGGAAAAAAACAAGAUAA